CGGCGAUACCCCAUGCCAUGGACAAGGCUUGGAGGAAUAGAAGCACGUGCACGUCAUGAAGGAAAGCGCUCGCAAUCCUAAACUACGUUCCACGUUGCGAGCUCAGAAGCGAUCGGCAGGAGAAGAAAGCGGCGGAGGAUGGGUAAUCACCAUAGUGCGAACCGCCACAGUGCCACCAUCGAUGAGCACACGCUGGAUUUCCUCCACAAAGUCGACAGAGAUGCUCUCCACACGUACGCAAACACACAUCAGUGGACCCUCUUGGGUCUGUGUCUGUAUGUGUGUGCUGUGUGCAACCGGUCGGAGGUGGGCAGCCUCAGAGCCACGGCGCAUUUCCUCUGGGAAGUCGACUUCUCGCCAUACGUCCUCCGCAAUCGACUCAAUCGCUGCCUUGCGGCCAAGGGGCUGCAUACCGUCGUCGGAUUCGACGCUCUGCUGGACCGCCCUCUGCUGCUCAAGGCCAUCUGGCUGGUGGACACGCAGCAGUGGAACGAGGUGGCCGAUGCGCUGAAGUUGGCGGCUCAGCGCGGCUUCUGUCAGCUGCCCAUGACACUGGCUGUGGCGGAUCUGCAGCGUCACGAUAGCAAACAGGUGGGCAUGAUGACCGUGGGGUGAGAUGGCUGGCACUCAUCUGUUUGUGUGUGUUCCGUUGUGUUCGUGUAGGCGUAUUUGGCCGAUGUGCGUGUGAUUGGCCUUUGGAAGAUGGUCGGCAGACACGUCAACUUCGGCGGCCAGCGGGGCCAUUUUGAGCUGUUCGACCAGCCGGGCGGCGGUGUGCGGGCGCUCCGUGACGAGCCUGGCUUCGAGCUGGACGUCAACCCGCCCCUCCCCGCCAACCACCCAUACCACCCACACAUCAUCGAUGACAACCCGCCCGUCAGAUCACGAAUCGGCAGAGAGGGGGCCAGCUGGACGGCCGGAGGUGCACGUGUGGUGGUCACGGAUGCAUCCGUGUCGUCCUUCAUCAUGCGGUUCAUCACGAGGCCUCCAGAGCCGAAUCGGGGCGAAACCCCUUUGGCUAAGGUGGACCGGUACGCAGGACACACCACACACCACACUCAGACAGACAAGAUAUCCAUCCAUCCACGACCGCCUCUUCCCUCUGCUCUAUGUUAGUCUCCUCAGGCAUGCUCAUGGCGGUGUGCUGGACGGCAUCCUGAACCACUCUCCCCACCAGCCGCCCGACGGAUGCACCGCAGUCAUGGCGGGCAGGUGUGACGAUAGUGAUCCCCCUGUAGAGGCUCGGCGGCUGGUGCUGACGCCGUUCGACAGCCCAUUCGUCGCAUGUGUCGAUAUGUGUAUCUUUUCCGACACACACAUGGGUAAGAAAGGGGUCAGAGAUCCUCUGGUGAUGGAGCCGUCCUUUGACCACGUGUGCUGUUUUGCUGCAUGCAGAGUUUUGUUUUUCUCGUCACCACCGAGCCGCCAGUGGGUGAUCCAUCGGAUGUCUUCAAGGACCGCCGGCCCUCUUCCGCCCCUCUGGUGCGCGGCCUGGUGGGGGACGCCAUCGCAGCCACGCUCGUCUACCAGACAGAGAAGGCAACUACGCAGUGAAUGUGGGUAACUGCUUCGCUUAUCAGUCUCUCUGUGUUGGGUGUGUGUGCGCUGUGCAGGUGGACGAGGCGAGCUGACGUGACGUGACGUGACGUGUGUGGUGGAAAGGACUGUUGAAAUAGGGAGGAUAUGGGCAGGUGUGUAGAUUCGCAUAUGACCGACUGACCGAUGGAUGGGUGGACGUCGACUUCAUCCGUGCCGUGCACACACCACACGUGUGGGAGAGUGCCAAUUGGACCACUGUCUGUGGUGGGUUGCAUGACAUGACGGCGUGUGCAGUGAGGGUGGGGUCGAGGGGUACGGUAUGGUAUGGUAGCUGCAUGGGGCAUUCACUUGUGGAUGGACGGACGGGUACAUGUCGAUGCAUCGACGGACACUUACUACUUCAUGUGUGUGUACAGUCAAUUCAACCAUUCAUCGC